AUGGGUCCAAGCAUCACUCGUUCGAAUUAUGGCCCUCCCUCCAUCACACGUGUCGACGCCGCUGAACAUAGCGUAAGAUACUCGAGAAACCUACUUUCAGAACAGCUUAUCAACAUGGAAGAGAAAUGUCCAAAAUCCCCGGUCGCCGGCGAAAUAUGGGCAAAACAUCGUCCCUUGCCCCCUUACUCGGGCCCCCAGAACAGAGAUUACAGGUCGCAUCCGGAUUACCGGUCGACACCGGAAGCCAAGCAGAAGCCCCAGGAAUACACCCAGGAGCACAAGAAGUGCCCUGAAAAGCAGGCAGCGGCUGACAAAAACAUUGCGGAGCUUGAGAAGAAGCUGUGA